GAAACUUCUCUUAAAAUAGAGGAGCGACUAAACGCAGAAACAUUAAAACACAGCCUACCUGUGAGCGCUCUUUGUGAUGGGUACUUCAGAGGAUAAGGUCAAGCUCUUGAGCAAGGACCAAAUCGAAGCUCCAUUUCCCGAUGUUGAGGUGGAAGACGAAAAUACAAAGGAAGAUUCGGGCCAUAUCUGGAGAUUCGUCUGCUAUGCCCUGGCGUUCAUGAUGGUAGUCGGUGUCUUUUUGUCUGCGAUCACUUUUCAGAAUUCAAGUGCCGACGAGCAAUCAUUUUCACGAGAUGCAGGGUACAAAGCACGUGUCAGACAAAUUAGGCCUGGAGAACGCUUUGAUGACAGACUCAUGCAUGACAUGAGGAUGAGAGAGGAACAUCGUCAUGCCAAGAUGUUUCCUAUGUUUAAACCUCCACCUUUACCUGAAUCCUCAUAUGAUCCACCUUCAAGAUUUGAAAAGGCAAAAACAGCAAGGUACAUUGUGCACAACAGUGACUGGGGAUCAUUAUCAACCAUUUCUGUUUCAAUGGUUGGAGUACCUUUUGGAGUGGCAAUUUCCUUUAGCGAUGGCACUGUCACUAACAGCACAGGAGUACCAUACUUCUAUGUGGCAAAGUUUGACCCUAUAGUGAAAAACUUUGAGGCCAACGACCUAUCCAGCUUGGCACUGUCGGAGGCACAGAGUGAUUACUGCAAAGUUCAUAAAUGGGAUCCUGAAGAUCCUCUUUGCUCCAAAGUGACUCUUAUUGGAAAGCUUGUCCAUGUUGGUCCUGAGGAGGAAAAGUUUGCACUAAAUGCCCUCUUUGCUAGACAUCCUGUGAUGAAAACGUGGCCUAAAGAUCAUGGUUGGCAAACGCUGAAGCUUGUAAUCACAGACGUGUGGCUUCUCGAUUUCUAUGGGGGUGCCAAUAUGGUGCCUGUAAAAGAUUACUUUAAGGCUGAGUUGUAAAUGAACUCAAUCUUUAGAGCAGGAUUUCUAAAGC